AUAUCCUUGCAGAAGUCACACGUGUGCGAGAUCUUCCGUGUUAAAGACGCGUCUCGGCCUAUUACCGUGCAUCUGCUGUUUUGUUUUUAGUAUAUAUAUAUUUAGCACAUUUUGUAAGUGAUACAUUGGACAGAUAAUGGGUAAACACAUGUGGGUGAAGACGCUUCUGCUGUGCUAUUUCAUUCUGAGAUCGUAUGCUCACAUCGGAUGCUGUGAGGACCACUCUCCGCUGUGCAGGGAAUGGGCAGCGCACGGGCUCUGCCAAGCGAAUCAGCUCUUCAUGGCCCAAAACUGUCCCAAAGCAUGUGACAUUUGUAUUGCCGAUAUCGCCGACCGCGACCACCGCUGCUUCUCGUGGGCCACGAACGGCGGCUGCAUCCUGGAACGGGUGCUGCACAGAUGCCCUCACUCGUGCGGACGCUGCGCCACGCCCCAGCGGAAGCUCACGGUUGUGAAGUCAAUCGUCAAGCCCGAUUUUGCAUGCGGCGGCCCCACCUACCAGAUGACAUCGAUGCUCUUCCCGGAUGAGGUAGUCAGUGGCAGGACUAGAGCGCAUCUGCUCGGGGACUCAGGCCCCGUGGGAUCAGAGAUUCUGCUGAACGUGUCUUGCGGGGCGGCGCCCAUCGCGCCCCACUACCUCUUGACUGCCGCCCACUGCGUCCUCAAUACAAAGUACCUCCCGAGCAGCCUUCAUCUCGAGGCGGAUGACCUAACCAAUCCAGAAUCUGCAAAGUACGACAUAGAGGAAAUCACGUACCACCCUGACUAUAAUCCCAACUCCGCCGAGAGGUAUAAUGACAUAGCGAUCAUUAAGACGAUCCAGCCCAUGCGGUUCUCGGAUCGAGUGUACCCGUUCUGCGUGCCGUCCGAGGAAGUCGGCCACAACACCCCGGUCACUGUGCAAGGCUACGGUUUAGUUAAUGAAACAUCAAGUGCCUCGUUCCUGCAAGAGGCCCAGUUGUUCAUCGUGGGCCAGCAAGAGUGCGAAAGGGCGUACGAGAGGGAGGGGAGCCUGUUCCACCUGCAAGUGCGCUACCCGAAGCUCCUGCAGAAUACGGACGUCAUCUGCGCCGCUGCCGACAAGAGGGAUGCCUGCCAGGGAGACUCCGGUGGGCCUUUGUUCGUGCAGGACAGGGAGGGUCGCAGGUUCAUCGUGGGAAUAGUGAGCAGCGGGAAAGAGUGCGGAUCAGUACUUCCCGGAACUUACAUCAGCGUGGCCAAGCACAUCAAUUUCAUAGACUCAGUCUUGUAUAAUUCAAGAAAUUAAGAUCAAUUUAUCACACAUAUAUAUCUGAUUGUUGCUGUUACAAUGCGUGGACUUGCAAUUCCACAUUCGUUUGUCGUUGUUGAUUAAUAGCAUUAAGGACUUAACCACGAAAUACUAACAUUGUGUAAGAAAUUUAACGAAUGAAAGGAUCAAUAAACCUCAAAAAGUG